UUCCUCGCAACACGUAACGCGCGUAACGCCGACUGUCCGCUUUCAGGGAACGCCACUCGACGUGAAGCCAAGCAAGAUCGAGGCUGAGGACCCCGACGAAGAGAUCAGGGCUCCAAUCAAGUACACCUUCAAUUCUGACGCCCCGGAGUACUCGUACUUCGACCUGCAUCCGCAGACGGGUCACGUGUCCCUGGUACGACCUCUGCCCGAAGGAUUCGCGUUGCCCGUGACGUUGGUGGUGCGAGCCACGCAGCACGACAACCCGGAUCGAUUCACGCUCACCACGCUCACGCUCACUGCCGACAGGUUCCCGCCACAUGAGCUCCACUUCCUCCAGGACGAGUACGAGGCCCGCGUGCUGGAGAGCACCCCUCCUGGUCAAGCAGUGCUGACGGUGCAGACAACACGCGGCGCUGCCGACAAGGGCGGCGUGCGAUUCGAGCUUAUGGACGACGGCAGCGGGGAUGCGCGCUCGUUCGCCAUCCACGCUUCGGGCGAGCUCAUCCUGGCACAACCGCUCGACUACGAGACCAAGCAACUCUACAUGUUACAGGUUCUCGCCACCGACGGCAAGCACAGCGACGUCGCUCGCGUCAACGUGAGCGUGUUGGAUGUGAACGACAACGACCCGCAGUUCAGCCAGCCGCGCUAUUCUUUCGUGCUCACCGAACCUGACGCCGUACGCCAGGGGGCGCUCGUGGGUCGAGUCGAAGCAUCGGACGCCGACGCCGGCGACUCGGUCCAGCUGGCGAUAGACGGGCCCUCAGCGCGCCUCUUCACGAUCAACAACCGCGGCGAGGUGCGCAUCCGGGACCUGGAGUAUCUGAACUCAACGCGGUCGCACCUGGUGGUGGUGGCGACGGACAGUGGCGUUCCUCCCCGAAAGUCAACGGCCCUGGUUGAAGUGCAGUUCCCUGAGGCUCUGGUGCUUAGCAGUGGCACGCUGGCCCCGAGGCGGGACGAAGGCAGCUUCGUGCUCAUGGCCGUCUUCGGCGCCCUGCUGGGAUCGCUUCUGCUCAUCAUCAUCACGCUCACUGUGUACAUUCUCAAGAACAAAAAAUAUCGGAACAGACUGCCAGUCUCUAUCACGGGGAACGGACACACGCCAUUGAAUAAGGUGGCGACGAUAAAAGCUCCUCACAGUGCGGCCAACAAGUUAAUCAACCCUCCGCGCCCUCUCGCGGGUGUCGAGAACCCCAUCUUCAACCUGUCCGAUGCCAAGUCGGACGACACGACCGAGGACAUGAGCGAACGAGAGACGGUGCCGGACAGUCCGGACACUCCUGUACCUAACGGGAACAAUAACAACAACAACAGAGCGCAGCAGAACGGCGGAGGGCUGCCCAACGGCAGGCUCGAGCCGCUGCGGAACGGGACCGCCGCGCCUCCUACCGUCCCGUCGCCGCUGGGCAACGGCAAGCUCCUCAACGUCCAGUGGCCUAUCGGCUCCAUACCCAGGAGGGUAAAGAAACUCAGCUGGGAGGACGAGCAACCGAACAAGACGGCGCUGGACCCUGACGUCAGCGUAACACCGCUGACCGGUGGCAACCAGUCCCCCGACCACAACGAACUCACAGUGUACUUCUAGGUCAAACAGCACUGAACUGUGUCCUCCUCCCUCAAGUAUCUCGCAUGAAAGCGAGGUCACCGCAGGUUCAAGCCUGGGCAGCUGCGUGCGAGGAGCAAGUCGUUGUGAUAAAUCUGCAGCAUGCCAAGCCGUCAGUGCCUUCCGUUCCCGCAAUUCGGCGACGGUGAUCGCCCUUCGACAGUGGUUCGUCUUCCUCGCAAGCACCGGACGCUCCGGCAGUGUUGUGUGUGAACGUAUGUCGAGUGCGGCAUCCGAGUGUGUGUAGCGUUUAAGCCAUGCAACUGAAUGGGACAGAAGUAACGCAGUUUGUUAUCACGAGACUGCUUCUCUGGCCGUCAGCGACGCUUGUAAUGCGAAAUGCAGCAAGCUUCAUUUCGAGUUCAGUGUGGCGCUGAAGAUCAUCGAAAGAAAAAAAAAGAAGAGAAUGGGUUUGUGCAGGACGUUGCCAUCACCAGCGCAACGCUUCCACACUGAGAUCCAGCGACGUUUGAGAAUGGUUCGUUGUUUUUCUCGGCAAGCUUCCCUUGAAGCUAAGGAACAUUCAACGGUCAACCCACUUGACCUGCUGUUGUACUGCCGAGGCUGAAAGUUACGCUUCGAAGAAUUUCUGCUCAGUGAUUUCUGCUCGUUGUGCCUAUCUGUCACAAGGAAAUGAUUGCAUGAAGUGUCUGUCCCAAAGUCAAGCCCAGAAGGAACACGUAACUUAUUACUGAGCUCAGGAGAGCGAGUUUUAUUUCGCUUCUGCGAUAUCGAGACCACACUGCUGUCGUUUUGAACACAAACCUUUCAGAAAGCCGACCUUCUGCCACUAACGUAUAUGCUCAAACUAAUGCUUCGAAAUUCAAACGUAGAUACGUGUGGUACCACUAAAAUCGGCCAAACGGAUUUUACAUAUGCUUCAGCAAACCAAGACAUUUGAAAACUACCUUCGUAGCGAUGUAAUACCCACCUCAUCGCUUCUUCACCACGUUGCUGUCCACGCAGAGUUCGUCAAGUGCCAAGCGCUACAAUUCCUUCUCCCCUUCAGUGUCUGCAUUUUGCGCGGUGGGCCAAGCCAAAAAAAGACGUUACUGCACUCCUGAACUGUCCAACGGUUCGAUGUUUCACCACGACCAGUCAGAAGAGCCACCAGUAAUGCAUUGAUGCUAUUGCCUUUCUUUAAACGCUUCGUAACGACCAGCAUUGCAGCUUUUGUGUGCACCAAAGAAAUGAUAGCUGAGAUGCGGACUACACAAUCUUGUAUAUAGACUAAAACGACAAAACAGACGUGGAACUUUAUAUUUUGUACAUAUUGUUAUAUUAUUGUGUCGAGCCUGUUGCGUGCUUUCUUCUUGCCACAAUGCCUUACAGAGACGAGAGAAACUUGCCUUGCCUUGCACUCUCGACAACAGUAUAAAGCGUAUUUUCCUAGUGUGUUUCUAAUGCCAAUCUUUUUUGUAAUGUAUUUGUAUAGUUCCUUUUUAUACGUUUCAUUCUGAUAAAAGAAGAUGCAAAUCAGUGGCGACUGUAAUGACGAAACGACUGGAAAUAAAGCUACGUGUUUCCAUG